AUGGAGCAUCUACGAUCCCCAAACGCUAUCCCACCCCGAACAUCUUCUUCGGGCCAGAAUGGACUGUUCGGGACGCCGCCAAAACAAGUGCUUCGAGCAAAUGUACAAGAAGGGGAUUGGAUCAGCAAUAGGAAGCAAUCACUCUCGAGUCCUAAUUCUGUUAACCCAGCUAUACCAGCAUGCCCCGCUCCUGAUCCAUCCAAAUACCAAAAGAGCGACCUUGCAUUUUAUGGGAGGAGCAGCUGGUCGCCACAGAAGGAGCUGAUCUUAGUUGGUCCUUACGAGUACCUGAUCGCUCAGCCGGGAAAGGAUAUCAGAUCACAGCUGAUUGCUGCGUUCAACGAAUGGCUGGAAGUCCCGCCAGAGAGUUUGGAGAUCAUAACGAAGGUGGUGGGCAUGUUGCAUACGGCUUCGCUACUCGUAGAUGAUGUCGAAGAUUCAUCCGUGCUGCGUCGAGGACUGCCAGUUGCACAUAGCAUCUUUGGCACUGCGCAAACGAUAAAUUCGGCCAAUUAUGUCUACUUCCUCGCACUUCAGGAGCUUGGCAAGCUGAAGAAUCCGAAAGCUAUCAAUAUUUAUACUGAAGAGCUGUUGAAUCUGCACAGGGGCCAGGGGAUGGAUUUGUUCUGGAGAGACACAUUGACUUGUCCGAGCGAGGAUGAUUAUCUCGAGAUGGUUGGGAACAAGACGGGCGGUUUGUUCAGAUUAGCGGUUAAGCUCAUGCAAGCCGAGAGCAAGAAUCUUAAGGAUUGCGUUCCUCUUGUUAACCUCAUGGGAAUCAUCUUCCAAAUUAGCGACGACUACCACAACAUUUCAUCCCCAGUGUACACAUCCAACAAAGGCAUGUGCGAAGAUCUAACUGAAGGGAAAUUCUCCUUCCCUAUAAUACACAGCAUACGGGCGCGGCCUGAGAACAUGCAGCUCCUGAAUAUCCUUAAGCAGAAGACCGAGGAUGAGCAAGUGAAACGGUACGCCGUUACAUAUAUGGAAAGCACUGGAAGCUUGGAGUAUUGCCGGAAAGUGCUAACCACAUUGAUGGAGCGGGCCAAGAAAUUGGUUGAGGGGCUGGACGAUGGUGGGAAUAAGGGGAAAGCUGUUUUGAAAUUUCUUGAUAAGAUGGCGAUUUCAUGA